UUUUAAUCUUUUUUUCAAUUGAUAUGUUAUUAAAUCUAAGAAAAGAUUCAUUAUAAUUCAGAAUUAAAUAUGCUAUUUCAAAUAUAAAAAAGUUAUGGAUAAAAAAGAAUAUAAAAAAUAUAAACGAAGAAUUGCUCAAACUGAAGCUAAAAUUGAUAAUAAAGCUCCACCAUUUCAUGUGGCUUAUUAUUAUGAUAAACAUAAUAUGAGAAGUCAUUUGACUCGAAUACGAGAAAUAGAUAGAGAAAAUAUGACAAUAUUAAGACGAAUAAACAUAAUUGUCAGAUUUGGAGGAAAUAUUGAUUGUUGGUUACCGAAAAUAAUAUAUAAGCCAAAAUUUUAUGAAGAACAAAAAGCAGAAAAUAAAAAAAUCAAGACACAAAAUAAAUAUAUAUUACAAAAAAUUCAAAAUGCAACUAGUAAAUAUUCUACUGUAAAAUUUAUACAAAGUUGGAAGGAAAUGCAAAAGAAAAUGGAAAUAAAAAAAAGGAAUACACCGUUUCACCGAAUUGUUUCUGGUUAUUGGUGUCAAGGUGGAGAUGUUACAAAAUUUAACGGAAGUGGAGGAAUUUCCAUAUAUGGUGAUUUUUUCGAAAAUGAGAAUUAUAAUUUACGUCAUGCUGGUCCUGGAAUUUUAUCUAUGUGUAAUGAGAAUGAGAAUAAAAGUAAUUCCAAAUUUAAUCUUACUUUUAAACAGUUAGAGACGGUAAACGAGAAAAAUGUAGUUUUUGGAAAAGUUAUUGCAGGUCUUUCAAAUAUUUAUAAGAUCGAAGAAUUUGGAACAAAAACAGGAAAACCAUUUAAAACAAUAAUUGUAUCUAAUUGUGGUAUUAUAUAAAGAAAUAAAAAUUAUAGAUAAAAUCAAGUAAAAACAUAAAAAAUGAAAUCAAUUAU